UGGUCUGAUGGGGAACUCCUCUGCCUCCUUCAUGGGUACGUUCCUGGCCAGCAGUCUGGGCUCACCCUCCCACCCCUCUCACCCCUCCCGGCCCCCCUCCUCACCCGCUUCACCCGGAUCCUUCCGAGGUGGGCCCCACUCCAGCGCCUCUCAGAUCUGGUUCCCUCACUCACACGAAGCCCCGGGGUAUCCUCGAUUCUCAGGGAGUCUCGCCCAUACCUUCCUUCCCAUGAGCCACUUGGAUCACCAUGCCAACAGCGGCGUCCUCUACGGGCAGCACCGUUUCUAUGACACCCAAAAAGAGAACUUCUAUCUAAGAAGCCUUCCGUCCCAGCCACCUCUCAUUUCAGCCAAUCACGGCCUUCCGCCCAUCUCCAGGGCGGGGCCGGGGCACCCUCAGGGCUCCUGCAGUCGGGACAUGGACCCAGGGGGCGGAGUCAGCCUACACAAGGGCCUGAAGGAGGCAUCCGUCGAGAGAGGGGUGGUGCCCAGUACCAAGGACAAGGAGAGGCCCAGCAGCAAACAGGAGGCCAAGGAGCGACAGCAGCACCACAGCCACCACCCCCAGCCCUCACAUCCACACCACCACCACCCACACCCUGGUCACACACAGCCCCACCCCCACCAGCAGCACCCCCAGUACCCCCAGCACCCGGUAUCCCUGGAGGAGGUCAAUAGCAGAGCCCUGGAGAGGCACAAGGCCGCCCUGGCCAUGGAGCACAAGGAGCACCAACAGGCCAUGGGUAUGGCCAGACCCCUCAGCGCCUGCCUGCUCAACGGAAAGAUGCAGAACGGGGGGGACUCUGGGACGGGUGGGGCCAAGGCUUCCAUGACUAGCUAUGGGGGGGAGGUGGUGAGGAGCAGGGGGGCUCAGACACAGGUCAGCCACAGACACAUGGGGGGUGGGGGGAACGUCCGCUGCACCAAGGAGGGGGUGAGCGGCGAGAUGAGGAUCAGCGAGCAGCCUUCGGACUGUCUGGAGGGGAGGGGCCAGAUGCUUCACCACGCCCUGCCCUACUCUGUGGCGCCGCCCCUGCAAAUGGGUUCAGCCGGUGGGGGAGGACACCCCCACCUCCACCACCACCCUCACCCCCAUCCGGGGGGGUUCCACUGCCUUCAGCUCCACCCCAGCCAUCCACAUCACUCCCACCACUCACACCCCCACACACACCACCACCCGGACUUCUUCUGCCCGCCUCCGCCUGCCCCUCUAACCAACCCCUCGCCGCACGAGAGGGGAGGGCCGUCCAGCGGGGGAGGGGGGCGAGACCCCAAAGUGACAGGGCCCACGUUCAUACCAUCUGUAGGGGGAGGACACCAGGGGGACAAGUCCAGCGGGCAACCCUUCCAGAUGGGCACCCCAACCGACUGCCAGGGGUUGGUGGGUGGGGGCAGCAGUGCCAAGGACAAGGCUAUGGAGAAGAGUGGGGGAGGGGGGCCCCCCAGUAACUGGCACAGGAAACAGCAACAACAGCAGCAUCCAGCAGCAUACAGAAAGGCUGAGAAGGCCCCGGACUGGAUGCAGCAGCAGAGUCACCACCACCAGCCCCAGCAGCCACAGCCCCAGCCCCAACAACCCCAGCCCCAGCAGCCUCAGCCCCAACAACCCCAGCCCCAGCAGCCUCAGCCCCAGCAGCAGCAGCCUCAACCCCAGCAGCACCAAGCCGUGCGUUCCCGCAGCGUCGAGUGCAUCAAUAGCGUGGGAGUGGACACCACCGAUGUGUUCCGGCCCUCUCUUCCCCAGGGAGCCAAGGCCGGACACUCCCUCCCCCACUCAGUCAACACCUCCCCCUACAGGGACUGCUCCCUCCCGGGCCCCCUGCCCAACGCCUCACCCCUGGGAGGUCGGGGAGGUGCAGGCGGUGGGAGCUGUUCCUUACAGAGAGAUGGUCAGAAGGUGGCCCGUAUCCGCCACCAGCAGCACGGCGGGCCUGCCCCGGAUGCCCCAGCAGCAGAGCUAAACCAGAGCAACAAACAGAACCAGGACCAGGACCUGAACAGGAAGCUGGAGAUGGAGAUGUCCCCGUACGGCUACAGCAACAGUGGGCAGGGGCAGCAGCAUCACCCCCAGCAGCCCCCGGUUCCCCCCUGGGCCAUGAGGCCUCACCAUGUCCACCCUGCAGAGGAGGAGCAGCAGCGUAAGGCCUACAUGGAGUCUCUCAGUGGGGGAGGCGGUGGUGGUGGCAGGCAACAGCCCCAGCAACAACCAGGGCAAGGUAUGGGCCUCCCUCCUCAUCCUUCUCCCCAGCCCCAGCCACCUCCACCCCCAGCCCCCUCUCAGCAGCAGCAGGACCCCCAAGUUGCCUCACAGGCCCAUGGGGAGAGCAGUGCCAUGAAGAGCCUUCUGAAGUACAGCACCCAGCAGCAGCCCCUGCUCCUCUCCCAGAAGAGUCCCUUCGGAGGCCUGGGGAGCCUCAAAUCCGGUGGCCCUGGUGGUCCUGGAGGUGGCAACCCCGGGGUUAGCUGCACCCUGCAAGGCAGCAAACAACAACAGGCCCUGCCCACCAGGAAGGGCCCGGCCAAUGACGGCGAGCGCUCUGACUGUGGGGGGCGUGGCCGGGAGGUGGGCGAGGCGGCGGGUCACGGCGAGGGAGAGGUGCGCCAGCCGCCUGUGGGCAUCGCAGUCGCCGUGGCGAGGCAGAGGGAGCCGUCUUGUCGCCCGGUGGACGCCCACCCCAACAGCCGGCAGGGGCGGGUACACCCCUCCAUGAAAGGACCUCCUCGCUCCAUGUACCCCUCAGACCCUGCAGGAGAGGAGGAGAGGAAGAGGAUAAGUGCAGAGCGGAUGGGUCUGACCUGCCUGGACCGAGACAGAGAGGCCUACAUCAGGGAUAAUAAGGAUCCAGUGGAAUUCACAAGGAUCCAUCCGUCCAACAGCUGUCACGGUGACAUCACCUCUCACCUCAUGGUGCCGGGUGGGACUUCUCUACAAUCUGGCCAAUUAGGAGACCCCUCUGCACACGCACACGCCCACUCGGCCCACCACCAUUGGAUGCCAAGCACUGGAAGCCCCUCCAUCUGGAUGACAAGCCACUCCUACGGAAUCGGCCACUCAGCCCUUCACCAGAACCUCACCCCAGGUUUCUCUGCAGCCAUGCCAGGGUCUCUACAGCCUGUGCUGCCUCUGCCCCAGGACCCGUCUACCCAGCUGGUGGUGCUACCCACAGAGCCUGCUGCCCACCCUGCCACACAUCACCUGGAUGUGAUGGAGCAGCCUGGGCUGUGGCCCCCUGUGUACGGAGCCCGAGGGCCCUCCUCCCACAUACACCCACAACACCCCGCUGUGUACUCCCGCUCGCAGUUUCUACGGCAACAGGAGCUGUACGCUCUCCAGCAGCAUCAACAGCAUCAUCAUCUGCAGCAUCAGCAUCAGCACCAACAGAGUCACCAGUCACACCCCCACCCCCCACCCCACCCCCAGCCCCAGCAGCACCACAGGACAGCACAGACCAUGGAGCUCCAACACAGACCCAACCACACCCAGGUGGAGAAGAGACCAGAGGAGCCUUCAGUGGAGCUGGAGGAGCUGCUCUCUGAGCCACCAGGUUCUAAACCUUCCAAACCCUACUCCUCCUACCACAACCCCUCCUCCAACAGAAACACCCCCACCCCCGGGGGCCUGCACUGCUCACCUAGCACCCCCUCCACCCCCUGCCCCGCCCCUAGCCCGGCAGCCACUGCCCCUCGCUCUCCGGCCAUCAGUCCCGCCCCCCCACAGGUGGCAAAAGGGGCGGAGUCCCAGGACAAGAGAGGAGAGGGGCAGCCCCCGCAGGAUUACCCACAAUCCCUGGAGCCUGACUUGCUUCCUGGAUACACCUACCCUGCCAUCGCCAUGGGUUACAGGAGCGGCCCAUCCCCCCACGAUGUCCGAUUGGCCGAGCCAGCCGACCUGGAGGCGGUCCAGGUGGAGCCUGCUGAGCAUGCUCCCCAGCCUCUCUCCAGCCUGGGGGUGGAGCUAGAGUGUCAGGCCGUGGUGAGGCCCCUCCCACACCAGGAAGUGGAGGAGGAAGAGGAGGUGCAGAGAGAGGAGGUGGAAGCCGGAGUAGCAGCAGGCAGCUGUGGACCUCCAGAUCAGGAGCAUAGGGAGAAGCAGGAGGAGCAGGUGUUAGUGUGUCCUCCUGCGGAGAGCCCUGUGUGUGAGACCUCCUCCUGUCCCAUCCCCAUCCUCCUCUCUGAGGAGGAGAACCACAGAGCUGACCCCACCUCCACCCUGGAGGAGCAGGAGGAAGAAAAGUGCCAGGUGGAAGAAAAGUGCCAGGUGGAGAGAGGACAGCAGCAGGAGGUGGCAGGACAACAGGAGGAGCCAGAGCAGGGCUCCACCAUCAUCCACCUGGACCCUCCCUGCCCUGCCCAGCCCCACCAGGAGGCACACACUGAGGAGGAGGAGGGAGGAGAGGAGGAGCAGGAGGAGAGUACCCCUAAUGGUGACAACCACUCAGUAGAGUUGUUGUGCCUCUCCCCCUCCUCCCCCCCUCCCUCUCCCUCUCCAUGCCCCAGCCAGUCUAUCAUCACCCUCUCCACCUCCCUCAAACCCAUUGUGCCUAGUUACUGGAGCCUAGAGCUGCUAAUCGCCGCGGCCUUCUGCGCCGACGUCCCUCCGUUUCCCAUGCUGGCCUCCAGCACCCUCCAGCCCCAGGCCUGCGACACCCAUCCCUGCCCCAGCCACCCCCACCACGGCAUGGAGCUGCUCAGCGAGCUGGCCGACCUGGAGCUCCAACAGCACCGACACAACACAGGAGACAGCCAAGGAGACGAAAUGUUGAUCUUUGACCUCCAGAGUCUUGCCACCCUGGCAGCAGCCCGUGCCUUGGAACUGGGUGCCCAGGAGGCUAGCGGGGCGGGCGCCGGGCGGCCCUGCCCGGCCCGCAAGACCCUCAACCUGCGCAGGAAAUGCAGCUGGACACCUCGCCACGAACCGGCGUGCCCGGCCAAGGGUGCCAUGGAGAGGAUAGAGGGUCCGGAGCUGGCCAUGCGGGUGAAGCUGGCAGAGCUCCAGAGGCGCUACAAAGAGAAACAGAGGGAGUUAGCCAAGCUACAGAGGAAGCAUGACCACCAGAAGGACGAAACGCCUCGCAGCCCUGCUCGUAGAGGACCGGGGCGGCCCAGGAAACGUAAAUCAACCCCCACCGCUGGCCCAGGCUCCUCCACUGAGACACAGAGAAAAGUCAAGUCGUUAGGGGCGGGACUUGGCCUGUCGCCCGAGGACCUGCAGGGAGGAGGGGGCGGGGACACCCAGAGGAAGAAGAAGAAGCUGUCCAAUCGGGGCUUUGAGCGGCUUGGCGCGGCAGAGAUAAAGGUGCAGGGCAGCAGCAGAAAGAGUGUCCUCCAUGGUGUCCUCAGCUCUAAGCUGGCCCGUGACGUGGCUCAUCACCACCAGCACCUCAGACAGCACAAGGCCCAGGGCGGGAUGGGGGCGGGGCCACGGGAUAAGGAGGAGGCGGCCUCUGCGUCUAGUUCCGCCCCCAAGCACCAUGGACGUCAAGGCCAAGCCACCUCCAAGGCUGAGUCCCGACGAGUCAUCAACGAGUCCGGCGGUCAGAGUGACACUGCAGCCAGUGGAGACAGCGGCGGCCAGGAGGGCUGGACGGGGACCCCGCUGAUGAUGCGUGGGGGCAGGAGGAAGGGGAUGGGGAUGGGGGGAGCUCUGGGGGUCCAGGGGUCCACACGGCUGCAGCAGCCCAGAGCCAGGAACCAGGAAGCCAUGGAGGAGGGACAGACCACCCACGCAGAGAGUGAAUCCUCCGACCAGGAAGAGGAAGAAGAGGAAGGAAGUUAUGACAGUGACGAAGGACAAGACAUCAAAGCACAACCCUCCCGAGACGUCUUAUCAUGCUCCGCUAUGAUUGGUCCAUCCCCCUCGUCUGUUGUCAAGCUGGAGGCCAAUCAGAAAGCCCGGAACAAGAGAGAGAGGCAGGAGCUUUACGGUUCCCAGAGUCUGUCCGGGGCGGAGGGAGAGGUGAAGGUGAGGAAGAGGGCCCCCUGUAGGCUUGGCAUGGUCACUGCAGCCAAGAAGCACCCAGAGUACAAGGACCUGUCAGAGGGGGUGAGGAGGGCUGGCGGACCCAGGCCCCAGGAGCCUCGCUGGGAGAGCCUAGGGACCAGGGGCAGCCUCUACCGGAGGACCAUAGGGUCAGUCACCUUCUCCACCACCAGUGAGAGGCUGAAGAGGGCCACACGCAAGAACACCAUGCUGAGAGGACCCAUUAACAAGAGGAGAAGUUGCUGGUCAGGCGGUGUCCAAUCACCUCAGAGUAACGACAACACUUGCAGGGGGAGGAGGAGCCGAAACAAACAGCCCAAGGGCCGUGCGGUGAGCCGGCUACUAGAGAGCAUGGCGGCGGACGAGGGCUUUCAGAUGGACGAGGAUGAUAGCAGCUUCUCCGAGGGGGAUGAGGACAGUAACCCGUCAUACCCUCACAACCCCAGGAGUCCACUAGCAGCCCCCAGCUGUGUCCUGACCAAACAGCUGCUGACAGAUGGACUCAGGGUGCUCAUCUCCAAGGAGGACGAACUUCUCUACGCAGCCCGGGUCCACACACUGGAGCUGCCAGACAUCUACAGCAUUGUUAUUGACGGGGAGAGAGGAAACCGCCCCAGAAUCUACUCCCUGGAGCAACUGCUGCAGGAAGCGGUCCUGGAUGUGCUUCCAGAGACAGAGUCGGUGCUCGCUGAGGGGACGAGGGUGUGUGCCUACUGGAGCGAACGCUCUCGUUGCCUAUACCCAGGCAACAUACGCAGAGGUGGUUCAGGGGAGGAGGGGAAGCAGGGAGGUGUGAUGGUGGAGUUCGAUGAUGGAGACAGGGGGAGGAUCUCCCUCCCAAACAUUCGCCUCCUCCCCCCGGGAUACCAGAUCCACUGUGCGGCGUCGUCCCCUGCCCACCUGGUGUCUAGCAGCCGGGUGGCUCGGAGGAGCUUCAGUCUGGAGAAAGCCCCCAUGAGUGAGAGACCCUCUGAGAGACAGGCCAACACAGAGCCUGUCAGGAGACGACCAGGGAGACCCAAAGGUUCAGGGAAGAAGAAGAACCUGUCAGACAGCACCAAUAAGAACGCAGCCCCUCUGCUCAGCUGGCCGGCUGUGGCCGUCCCCAGGAAGAGGGCCUCUGAAAAUCUGUUCCAGCUCAACGGGACUCCCAGGAAGGCCCUGAGGGGGACGAGGGAGGCCCACCUGUUCCCCCUGCCCCCGGUCCCUGUUUCUGCCCCGGCCAAGGGCCUGUUCAGCAGCAGCUCCUUCGAGGUUGACUCCUUCAGCAGCAUCGCUAACGGCUACUCCUCCUUCUGUAGCACCCAGCCCACCGGCAUGUCCCUGGGUUCCAGGACCGGGCAUUAUGUCCAGAGACGGAGGCCCGGCGAGGUGCCGCGGAGCAGCAGGAAGAGCGGUCAGGAGUACCUGGUCAAACUGGAUCACGAGGGGGUGACUUCACCUAAGACGAAGAACAGCAAGGCCCUGCUGCUGCUGGGCGGCGGCUCUGGGUUCGGGGCCAAAGGCGUAGGCGACCUCCCCAGGCCUGAGGCCUACUCCCACCCAGUCCUGCUGGUCAAGGACAACAGGAAGGGAGGUUCUGCCUCGAGGGCUGAGCUCCUCCUAAAGGGUGCCCCUCCUUCACAGAGGAAGGCUUCUCCCUCCCUGGCUAUGGGGGAGUACGGUGUCGGUGAGCUGGGUCUCAGCUGCCACCGGGACUGCCACAGCUCCUACUCAGACCUGGACGACGAAGAGGAGGAGGAACAGGAGGAAAGGAGGAGGAGAAGGGCGGCUGCGCUGGCCACAGCAGCCUCUGGAGGCCUGAGGACAGCGGGAAGCUUCCUCUCGCGCCUCUCCGUCUCGUCCUCUUCCUCUGGUUCCUCAAGUUCAUCCAGCUCGGGCUCCAUGUCCAGUUCCAGCCUGUGCUCCUCAGAUAAUGACUCGUCCUACAGCUCGGAGGAUGAGGAGACCUCCACGCUGCUGCUACAGAGCUGCCUGUCCUCCCACCACGGCCUGUUGCAGCCCUCCGAGCCCCCAGCUGCAGCCGGACCCCACCAGGGCCAACAGUCCUUCGUGGCCAAGGCCGUGGCCGUAUCCAACACCAAGGGAGGAGGAGGAGGGGCCGCCAAUGACCACAGUGCCAACAACAAGCUUCUCAAGAGGAAGGAGUGCGGCAGCUCGUCCCCCUCCAAACCCCCCAGAGACCUAGUGAAGAGGCAGAAGAUUAUCCCCGAUGAUGCAGGCCCAAGACCCAAGAUGAACACAUUCCUACCGGGGAGACAGAUGUGGAGGUGGUCGGGGAACCCCACUCAGAGGCGGGGGCUGAAGGGGAAGUCCAGGAAGCUGUUCUACAAGGCCAUCGUACGGGGAAGGGACACAGUGCGAGUGGGCGACUGUGCCGUGUUCCUCUCUGCCGGCCGGCCCCACCUGCCCUACGUGGGCCGCAUCGAGAACUUCUGGGAAUCGUGGAGCUCCAGCAUGGUGGUGAAGGUCAAGUGGUUCUACCACCCAGAGGAGACCAAGCUGGGCAAGAGGCACCACGACAGCAAGCACGCUCUGUAUCAGUCGUGCCACGAGGACGAGAAUGAUGUCCAGACAAUCUCCCACAAGUGCCAGGUGGUGGGCCGCGAGGAGUAUGAGCGAAUGACCCGCGGCCAGAGACCCAGCAGCAGCAUGACCAUCCAGGGCCUGUACUAUCUGGCUGGCACCUACGACCCCACCAGCGGUCAACUGCUCACUGCUGAGGGGGUGUCCAUCGUCUGCUGAGCUGAGGACAUCUUGUCCUGAGGAUACUACUGAACCACCCAUCUGAUGGGUCUGAUGGGAAAUGAAGGUGGAAGGUCCACACGGCUUUGUCUGAAGGUGCCCAUGCCUGACUCAGUCCGUAGGAGGGUUCCCAGAUGGGUCAGUCCUGGAGGAAGUGAAGGUCAAGGUGCCUGUGGCUUUGCCUGAAGGACCCCUGGCCUUACUCAGUCAGUGCUGACUACUGGGGGACGUCAGGGCCAAGGCAGGGAUGUCCCCUGUCUACACUGGAUAUCUCAACAUACAUGGCUGCUAGACUGGGGUCUAGUUAGAAGAAGGGGAGGGGGUAGCCAUUCACAGCAGUGAACCCCGUUCUGCUCCCACCCUCACUGGGUAACUUAAGACAAAGAUCUGGGUCCUGGACCUGAACAACCAGGACCCAAUAGUUCAAUGACAUCCGACUGACUUUCCAUCGGUCUAACUUAACAUCUCUUUAGUUUAGACUGAGGAUGGCAUGUUUGAGGGACAGUUUCACGCCUGAUCUUUACACCACUCACCCAUAAUAGGUCACCAAAUUAGAGCUGAACGUAGGUUUGGAUUGGACAGCUCAAGGCACCAUAAGGUCCCUCCGGACCAGGCCUGAGGUAUGGGAUGUACUCUCCAUAGUUCGUCUUCGUGAUUCCAGGGAUGUUAAAAUAUGUUGAAGAUAUCGAUGAUAACGAUGUAAAUAUUUGGAAUGAUUUUUCCAAUCAAGCCAUACACUUCAGUACCUCUUGUCUCUCUUAUGGAUCAGGUGUAUAUUGUACAGGUAAAUUAUCUGUUCUUUUUGUUGUUGUUGUUGUCUAUAUGUAUAUAACAACUAUUUUAUAUAGAAGUAUAUAUGAAAGGUAUCUUUCCAUGUUUUUUUAUUGAUGUAUUUUUCUAUGAGGGGUGAAUAUGGCACUUUGUGUUUUUCUUUGGGACGAUGAGCUGAAGAUGCACUACACAUGCCCUGCUGAGAGAAACAGACAGGCAGACAGACAGACAGACAGGCAGACAGAUAGACAGACAGACAGAGAGCCAGACAGGCA